UGUGCCGGGGCGGCAACGGCAGCAGGGUAGCCGGCGGCGGCAGCCUGUGCCCGGCCCCGGGGGUCAGCCCCUCCAUGAUCACAGCCAUCACCAUCAUGGCCCUCUACUCUGUCGUGUGUGUGGUGGGGCUCUUCGGCAACUUCUUGGUUAUGUAUGUCAUCAUCAGAUACACCAAAAUGAAGACUGCCACCAAUAUCUAUAUUUUCAACCUUGCCCUGGCAGAUGCCCUAGCAACAAGCACUCUGCCAUUUCAGAGUGUGAAUUAUUUGAUGGGAACAUGGCCUUUUGGUACAAUUCUUUGUAAGAUCGUUAUAUCUAUAGACUACUACAAUAUGUUCACAAGUAUCUUUACACUUUGCACCAUGAGUGUGGAUCGCUACAUAGCUGUUUGCCACCCAGUCAAGGCUCUUGAUUUUCGCACUCCCAGAAAUGCCAAAAUUGUCAAUGUGUGCAACUGGAUUGUUUCUUCUGCCAUAGGCUUACCGGUUAUGUUCAUGGCUACUACUAAAUACAGGCAAGGCUCCAUUGACUGCACGCUUACGUUCUCUCAUCCAUCUUGGUACUGGGAGAACCUGCUGAAAAUCUGUGUUUUCAUCUUUGCCUUCAUCAUGCCAGUCCUGAUCAUUACAGUGUGCUACGGCCUGAUGAUUUUACGCCUGAAGAGUGUCCGUAUGCUAUCUGGCUCCAAAGAAAAGGACAGGAACCUGAGGAGAAUCACAAGAAUGGUCCUUGUAGUGGUGGCGGUGUUCAUAGUCUGCUGGACUCCCAUCCAUAUUUAUGUCAUCAUUAAAGCCUUGAUCAAUAUUCCAGAAACUACUUUUCAAACUGUCUCCUGGCACUUUUGUAUUGCUUUAGGGUAUACAAAUAGCUGCCUUAAUCCAGUCCUUUAUGCAUUUCUAGAUGAGAACUUCAAAAGAUGUUUCAGAGAGUUCUGCAUUCCCACUUCCUCAACAAUUGAGCAACAAAACUCCACCAGAAUCCGACAAAAUACUCGUGAACAUGCCUCCACUGCCAAUACUGUGGAUAGGACUAACCACCAGGUAUGACUAGCAGUGGAGAUGUCAUCUCUGGAUUCAGGCCUUCCUCUUGGAGAUGACAUGUAUUCUGAAGUUACAGUCUCUACUGCUGUAUAGGUAUCAGAAGGUCAACAUGCCUUCCGAAUUAUCUUUAGAGCUGGUGUACACAUGCACAGAGAGCCUAAUCCCGUGAGAUGCCAAGCACUCUCAAUUCUCUUUGAAGUCUCUGAACAAAGGGGUUCUCAGAAGUACUUUGUGGGAUCAGGCCCAAUGUGUGUGCAUACAGACAGCAUGUCAGAGAAAGAGAGACAUAGUAUGAUUCUUACUGACGCAAUGUUUGCAAUUGCUGAACUUUCUAGAACUGACUGAUGAAUGAUAGACUGUUAUGGACUCCAUUAGUACACAGCAGGAGACAAGGGUGGGCUCAGAAAUAUACCCCAUCUUCCUCCUAUUUUAAAAGUGACAGGCAGGUGGGUUGUGGGGGAAGGAGGGAGGGAUUGAGUUUGCACCCUUUUCUGCUUCUUUAUGUUAUACAAAGAAGGCUUGAAGGGCAUGUUUGUCCUAAAAGAUCCUGUAGAAAACCAGGGCUUGUUCACAUGCACUUUUUGCUAUUUUGGCACUUUUUUACCAAUAUAGUUAUGUAAGAACCCCUAUCAUAUGCCUAUAAAUGCACCAUAAAUUGGCAUUGUUUCCUUUCUUAAUCCAUACCAGUAUAAAGUCCUUCAUGACAACAUGAUUGUAUCCAUAUUAGGGAGGGCUUUAAAUUGCAAAUAUAUUUAGAGAACAGCUUUUCUUUGCAGUCAAUGCCCUAAAAGGUCCAAAGAUUUAUGACAUUGCAGGCACCCUAAGGAAGAGACUUUUAUUCAAGCUGUUUAUUAUCAGGUGCUCUGUAAAAGAAAGUUCACUAAGCCUCACCAACUCUUACAAGGGUUCUCUUUACAGAAAGCUCCAUGAGUUAGACCAACCCUCCCAACCCAACAAACAUUCACUGUUGGAUGGACCAUCAGGCUUCACUUUGAAGCUGAUCCAGCAAGAGAGGUUGUGUGUCUGCGGCCUGUUCCCGUAGCCCUGCCUUGCCCUCUCCCAGCUGUGGUGUGGUCUCAGGAUGGGA